UCAAUUCAUAGCACUUGAAGUUAAAUCAAUUCGUUCUUUUAAAGACAAAAAUAUCCAAACCUUAAAAUGGCAUUCAUUAAAUCAAUUGUUGUCCUCGCCGUCAUCGGAGUUGCUGCUGCAGGUCUCGUCCCAGCUGCAUAUGUUGCUGAUGAACAUUCUGCUGACUACUACUCACACCCAAAAUACUCAUUCAACUAUGGAGUUCAUGAUGGUUUAACUGGUGAUGUUAAGUCACAAAGCGAACACCGUGAUGGUGGAUUCGUCAAGGGACAAUACUCACUCGUCGAACCAGACGGUUCAGUCCGUACAGUCGAUUAUACAGCUGAUGAUGUCAAUGGAUUCAACGCUGUCGUCUCAAAGUCAGCUCCAUCAGUUCACGCUAAAGUUGUUGCCCCAGUUGUUCAUGCUGCUCCAGCUGUUGUAAAGACAGUUGCUCCAGUUGCCUAUGCUGCCCCAGCUCACUAUGCAGCUCCAGCUCACUAUGCAUCAGCUCACUAUGCACCAGCAAGCUAUGCUGCUCAUGUUGCCCCAGUCAACUAUGCCACAGUUGCCCACCACGCACCAGCACCACUUGCUUAUGCUGCCCCAGUUGCCCACGCUGCCUACCCAGCUUACGGUUAUGCUGCUCACGCUCCAGUCGUCAAAUCACCAGUCUGGCACUAAAUGAAUAGUUUAAAGCUUCAAAAACUUUAUAUUUCUUAAAAUACUCCGCUCAAAAUGUGAUUCCAUCUUAUGGCUGCCAUUUAUGAAUAAAUUAAAAGAUUUUAAAUUUGGAAAUUGAAACAAAAAGAACGAAUUUGUUGAAUUCAGCACGUGAAAAAAUUCUUACUUCUUCUCAUGUUGAUCGAUAGGCCAUGCUCAUCUACUUGCUAACAAAAAAAAAACUUCUUGGAUAAAUCAAAACACUAACUUCUUCAUCAUGUCUACCAAUUUCACGAAGCAUCUGCGCAGUAGCGAUCAACAUCCAUCUCUAUUAUUUAUUUAUAUCCAUGCCUCUCCUUCACCUUCAUAACAUCAUUACUUCAUUUCCACUGCCAUCAUUUAAAUUAGAAAUAAAAAAAAAAUCUUUGUAAUAAAAUCUUGAUAAAUUGCAGCAAUAAGCUUGUAUAAAAAAUUGUAAAUAAUAAAUUUGAACGAAUAUGAAAAAUAAAUAAAGUCG